CCGACAUUAGCAGUACUGUGGUGAAGCUCAAACAAACACAUCAUCUCCUGUUGUCUCUUUAUCACGUCAAGUAACGAGGCUGUUGAAGGGUGAUGCUGGCAACCUGUAUGACAUAAGGGAGCUGAUUGACUUAAUUUAUUGUCCUCGCUGUGUAAAACUUAUAUACUGAAAAUUAUAAAUACUUUGCCCGGUACUCAGGAAGUAAGAUGGCUGGUGUUAAAGAUAUACCACGGACAGGGAUGUCAAAGAUGGAAGAAGAAUUUGAGAACCGGGCGUGGGAUGAUGCCCCUGACGCUGAACAUCUGGAAGAGGAUGAAAGCAUGAGCUCAGCUGAUGUACAAGCCAACUGCCUGAGACAAUUCUCUAGCACUGACUUCAUCAUGGAGCCAGGCAUCUUUUCUACACUAAAAAGAUACUUCCAGGCAGGUGGGAAUCCUGAACAAGUCAUUGAAAUGUUGUCAGAGAACUACCAGGCUGUGGCUCAGAUGGCCAACCUCAUGGCUGAGUGGCUCAUCUUAGCAGGUGCCAGCAUUAAUGAUGUACAAGCUAUGGUCGAAAACCACCUCAAGCAGAUGAUCCUCAAGACAUUUGACCCAAAGAAGGCAGACACGAUCUUCACGGAGGAGGGAGACGCACCAGCGUGGUUGACUGAGCUGAUCGAGCACAGCACCUGGCGUUCUGUCGUCUACCAGCUGGCUGAGGAGUUCCCGGAAUGUCUCAUGCUUAAUUUUACUAUUAAGUUGAUCUCAGAUGCCGGGUUCCAAGGAGAAAUCACGAGCAUCUCGACAGCAGCGCAACAAAUUGAGGUUUUCUCAAGAAUUUUGAAGACUUCUACAUCCAACUUCCUUCAGUCACCAGAGGACUCAAGACACAGGGCCGUAGUUGAGUUUGCUAAAAUGGUGUGUCAUGGUCAGCACACAUACAUCUAUGCUCAGGUGAUGCUGCAGAUACUCUCACAGGAAACAAAAGGCGGCAACAAUAUUCGUCGCUUACAACAGGAAAUCACCAAAUAUGCCAUCAACAAUGGCCUUAAUGUUACACCGAUCCAGCUGGCCCUGAACGGUGCCAUGGCCCACCCACGAGCAGCCCAGGCCCUGGCGCCCAUGCUUGCCCGCAACGCUCUUAAUCCGGCUGACAUGACUGUGUUGUUUAAGCUAUACAGUGCAACAGACCCACCCCCAGUGGACCUUAUACGUAUCCCACAGUUGUUAGAGCUGCUGAUAGACGCCUUGUUCAAACCUGGGAGUAAAGUGAACCAGGAACACAAGGCCAAGUACUUCUACCUCCUGGGCUACAGUGCGAGUGUUUACGAGACCCCGAAGAAAGGCAACAGACCCAGACAGGUGAACCGGGAUGACCUGAAGCCCACACAGCAGGCCAUCGAGAAAGUCCAUAAUAUUUGCCAGGGAGGAAAAUCAGCCAUGGAACUUAUCGCUGAAAUUAACACUUUAUAUCAAUGUAUCAGGUUCCCCGUUGUGAGUGUCGGUCUGGUCCGAUGGAUAGAGUGUGUGGUGAAGGAACCGAGUUACUUCAAGUUGUGCACAGAGUCGACACCCACACACUUGGCGCUGCUGGAUGAGGUGGUGUCUAUCCAUCCUCUCCUCCACAGCAGAGUCCUCAGUCUUCUCAUAGAACUUUUUGAGUCAGAGUUUCAGGACCUGGAAAUUCUUGUGCAGCUGGAGCUGCGGAAGAUGUUGCUGGACCGGAUGGUGAACUUACUGAGUCGUGGCUGUGUCCUGCCAGUCAUGAAGUACAUCAAGAGUUGUUCCACCAAGGGCGACACCGAUAUAUCUCUCAUUCGCUAUUUUGUGCGGGAGGUGCUAGAGAUUGUGGCACCACCAUACACAGUGGAGUUCGUUCAGCUGUUCCUGCCACUGGUAGAGAACGAGGACAUCACAGGCUCUAUGAACACUGACAGUGACCUGGUGACUGAAUUUAUAGCUCACUGCAAGACCAACUAUUAUGUGGUGUAAAAGGAAUGAAAUACUGAGGUGAAGAUCCUCACAGAAAAUGGCAUUAAUAUGGAUAACAGUGGAACCUGGAGUUGGAGGUGUUUUAGUCUUCAACAAGCGUAUCAGAUGAGAAACUGUACCAAAACUCUUGUGCUAACUGGUCCCUUGGUGUGUGUGUGUGUGGGGGUGACCUCAACACUGCAGUAAUAUCCAGCAGAGUCACCCUGUUGGUUGGUGACUGUGUGUGACACAAGAUUACCUUUUAUAGAAUCCCCAGUACAGUACAGACCAACAACAGUAUUACUAUACUGUGUUCUAUCAAGUCGCUCAAUCUGGUGAGCAGUUGUUGGUGGUCACUCUGUCAUCUCCUGAUAGAAGAUUGUAAGGCAGUUCCAGUUGCUCUCUCUUUUUAAAGCAAACUGUGUGUGUGUGUUCAGAUGGGGAACCUUCGAGUACCAGGGAUCAUCUUCGACAGGUAAGCAGAAUUUUUAUUGUGUUGAUGAACAGGGUAUGGUUGCUGUGUCUCUCUCUGUAGAGAUGAAGCAGACUUUACCCUUUCAGGAGUCAUGAGAGUGUAAGAGUACAGUACAUGUGAGCUCAUCAAUUAUUUACAUUAAAUGGCCUGUGGAGAGAUGACAAGGCCCUAAAAGCAAGUCAUAAACUCCUCUGUUCACUUUUCCUCUACCUGAAGUUCAAAAAUAUAAUUGCAAGGUAAAAUGAAGUGAGAAAUAUCAUGCAUGUCAUAUACUGAAGAUCACUAUCACCGCAUUACUAGUGAGACAUUGAAACAUCGCCAGUGGUGUCACACAGUAUAGUAUAAAAUUAAAUUGGUCUGUUUCUACAUUGUCAUGAAAAUUAUUAAUGGAAAAAUAUAUGUAUUUAUGUGCAAUAGUGUUUUUUUGAAGACAUGUCUUAUGUUUAAAUCAUUGUAGUUAUCACCUAAUUGGCCUGCACCCUAAUAUUUGAGUUAUGCUCUGCCACCCAACACCAUUUACUUUAAUCAACCAAUGAAUGAGGGAGUGAUAGAAACAUUCAAGAGAUAUAAUGUGAGGUAGAUAUUACCCCGGUUACUAAAGCUUCUGGUGGCACCUGUACUGCUCUUCUAUAAUCUCACCUAACACCUGAUUCGCCUCGUAUAAAACAACGUUAUGUAUUAGUGAGCAGAGUACAGUAUACUCAUUUAGAAUGUUCAUUUAAUAAAAUUCACAGUAUGUAUUUCCUUUAUUGAAAUACUAUUAGUGUAUGCAUGAAAACUUAAUACAGUACAGUACAAUACAUAGCCACUGUCACAAGGGACUUCUGCUGUGACUGGGAAUGUAACUUUUACUAUGGAAACCUUUGUUUAACCCAAUUUUGCUUCUAUGGGAAUAAACAAGGCAACAUAUGCCUGCUACUCAUUGCUAUUUUUUAUGAGUACAGUGCAGUACUUGGGCAUUAGCUGAUCAGCAAGAGAAACAAAAUGUUGCCAUAUGUGAGCCUUAUAUUUUCUCCUCGGUAUCUGUGGAGAACAUAGGUGGAAGCUUUAUUGUUUUGUGUGUUAUUUGAGCCAAGUAUGACAACCUUACAUGGUUACCACUGAUACAGUACUGUGCUGGGUUCUGAUCUCUCAUGUAUCAGUUUGAAUCUGAAGUGAAUUAGAAGUUGAUACACAGUUUAUGUUAGAUGAUUAAUGAUUGCCUGUGUGUGGCUCUAUGGUCAGGCUGUACUAUAUUGUAUUGACCUAUACUGCACUGUGAACUCCGGGAAACAGCACAUAUUGGUAAGAAAGGUAAAAAUACAUAUUUGUUACUACACGUAUUGUUAAAAAAUUAGUUUUUAAUGUGUAUUCUUUUAUAAAUGAUAUGGAAUGAAAAACUGUUUGUUCAGUAACUUUGGCUGUAAUUAUGAUAGAAUGCAAUACAAUAAAUACCCUGUCAUUAUACUGUACCGAUAUGUAUAGUUAUUUACUGAUAUGUUUAUAUAGUUAUAUUUUGUAAUACAGGUACUAUAUUAUAUACAUUUUAUGUAUUCUAAAUGUUAGAAUAUAAAGUUAAUUGUAGCAAGAAUAUUAACUUAAAGUAUUCAAUAUAUAAUAUUUUAUUGAGUACUACAGUAAAAGACGAUGUGACACAUUGCACGGCUUAACAUGUGCCUGAGAGGAAGCUUAACCCUUUUGCUGGCCACUCAUGCGGUCGAAAUCUUACCCAUAAACCGGCCAAGAACGCUGUCUGCAUCAUCCAAAAAGCAUUGAAUUUUCAUUUACCAUUUAUGGGUAAAAUUAUGCCCUUUUUUUUUUUUUUUUUUUGAGUUAAAAAGAUAAACGAUCUGACUGAGCGAUAAAAGAAGAAAAUACUUAUUACGUAUAAAUGAUAAGAGAUGGCUAAAAAUGAGUGUAGAAAGAUAAUAUCUUGCUUGCCGGAUCCGUGCAAGUGGUCUGGUCAGUUUGAGCGCUCAGGGUCCUAGGAGACAUCUCGCUCCUCACGGCCCACAUAGUGAAGCAAAUAUUAUCAGCCAGCGAAAGGGUUAAUGGAGCACUGCCGGAAUACUUUAGCAAGAUUUCUUAUUAUAAUGUUUUCAAUAAUAUUUAUUAACCUGGAUGAGAAAGAAAUGUAUGGAUGAGUGUACUGUAGAGAGCUAAGUAUAUUUUGCAUUUUUUUGUAUGUACAGUAUAUAAAUCCAUUUUUGUA